AUGGACGUUGUCGAGAUUACGGAUCGUCUGUGGGCUAAUGCACUCGGCCUUCGUGUUCCAUCAGCCUUAACAGUUCAGAGAUCGGCAUUAUCUAGAGUAAGCGUUGAGAGGUUAGCCCAGGAUAGCUCCCAGCGCAUUUUUUCUUCUGCCUGGAGAAAGUGCGGCCAUCUUAGGUUAGCCAUGUCUGCCAUCGGCAAAUCCGUGAGCCAUUACAGCGAUGUGAUACGUCAUAAACACGCUGUCAUUGCUCAUGUCAUCAUGCUUGCUCCAAAUAGAUCUGUGUUUAGCCUCAUCCCAGAAUUUCUGGUGCCUGAUAUACUUUCGAUAAUAUCGCUAGCUCCGAGGAUGGGGUGUACUCCUGAGAGUAUGGAUCCAGUCACCGGCGUUUGCUUGGUCGAGGCAGCAUUGAGAACCACUCGGCAUUGCCAGACAGCUGUCGCCAGACCUUUGAAGUACGAUAUCCCGCUUUCACUGUCAAGAUUUAAGCUAGCAUGGUUGUUUACAGGAAGACCAAUUCUCUGUGAUUACGGAACUCUUAUCGACGAGGAAUCCAUGCUCUUCAUUUCAGACAUCACAUCAGUUUCUGAUACUGGAAGGAACGACUACGCUUUCUACUUUAUGAUUCAUCACCCACUUUGCCAAUUUGCCACAGGGCAUGCGACUUUCAAGGGUCCGGUAAGUGAAACAUUUGUCGUCCAACUUCUACUUACGAUGCAUCGCUAA